UCCUUCAUAACGUUCCGCGUUGGGAUUAUGGGACGAGGAUACCUGUCCAGACGGGCUUCACCGGGGCGGCCCUGGGAAUAGGAGGCAAGUCCGGGACUUAACUCUUUAUUACCCAGGUGGGGUGAUGUGACCCGGCGCUACCUCCGCAUCGGGCCGUUCUGUCUAUUGUUUGGAAGGACAUGGAAACCUCUUGACAAAGGGACCAACGAGACGCCGCACUUUCCUGGAUCACGUUACACGGUAAUGAGACAUCAAAAAUGAAUGGCCACUUCUCAAAGUACCCCCAAGGAGGGAUUAGAAGUCCCUCUCCGCAGUCAAGCACCUAUGAGUUUGCGCCCUCCGUAAAAUCGGAUAAACCUGCCAAAAUCAGUGCAAAGAGCCUUUAUGAGCAAAGGAAAAGUUACGCGCGGGACAGCGCCAGCAGCGUGUCAGAGACGUCCCGCUACCACGUCGAGCACCUGACCACGUUUGUGAUGGAUCGCAGAGAUGCCGUGUUAACGGUAGACGAUGGAAUCCGGAAACUGAGGUUACUGGACGCCAAAGGAAAGGUCUGGACCCAGGACAUGUGUCUUCAAGUUGAUGACAAAGGUGUUAGUCUUUAUGACAUAGAAACCAAGAACGAACUAGAGAGCUUCCCGGUCAGUGCCGUCCAGCACUGCCAGGCUGUGAUGAAUGUUUGCCGCUAUCACUCCAUUCUUGCGCUUGUUUGUAAAGAGCCGUCGCAAAGCAGAGCCGAUCUCCACAUCUUCCACUGUGAUGAGGUCAAGGCGUCUGUAAUUCAACAAGACAUCGAAAGCGCGAUCAACGACAGCAAAGGCGGCAAAGCCAAGAAACGGCCCGAAACGCUGAGGGCCAUCUCUAGCAGUGACAGUAAAAUACCACCUCCUCCUGUGGCUCUUGCCCCCGUGCCGCCUGGGUCCGUCACACAAGUGGAUGUGCGCAGCAGGGUGGCCGCCUGGUCCGCUUGGUCAUCAGAAUACGGAGACUACGACAAAACAAGGCAGAAUGUGGCCGGCGAAGAAACCCCGGAGAUGGCGGAAGCCAGGAUCGACAGAGAUGUCCAAAUUCUAAACCACGUUUUAGAUGACAUCGAAUUCUUCAUUCUGAAACUCCAAAAAGCUGCGGAAGCGUUUUCUGAGCUGUCCAAACGGAAGAAAUCCAAGAAGAAGAAGGGCCCGGGCGAGGGUCUCCUGACGCUCCGCGCACAGCCGCCUCCGCACGAAGAAUUUGUAGAUUGCUUUCAGAAGUUCAAGCAUGCCUUCAACCUCCUGGCCAAAGUGAAGAGUCACAUACAGAGCCCCAGCGCUUCUGAACUCCUCCAUUUUCUUUUUACUCCUCUGAAUAUGAUGGUCGAUGCCACCGGAGGCCCGGAACUCGCCAGAACCAUCUUAAGCCCGCUGCUAACCAAGGACGCCAUUGAUUUCUUCAACCACGUUCUCAACGCCGAAGAGAAACGGCUGUGGACGUCUCUGGGCGAAACGUGGAAUAAGUGGCGGGCAGAUUGGCCAAAGGAUCAGUUUAUUCCCCCGUAUGUCCCGCGCUUCCGCAACGGCUGGGAGCCCCCUCUAUUAGGUUUUGCCGGAGUCCCGAAGGAACAAGCUCACAAUCACUUGGCUGAGUCGGUGGCGAACGUCGCGCAGGUGCAGCUCGUACCGGAUUUUAAAGGCUUUUCCACUGAGUAUUCUACGGCUCCAGAUUACCCGGCGUCUGAAGGGACCCACGGAGCCGGCGGCAGGAGGCAGAGCGUGAAGCAUGCGCUGUGCAGAUACGACUUUGUGGCCAGAAACGCCAACGAACUUUCCGUCCUGAAAGACGAUGUCGUGGAGGUCCUGGAUGAUAGGAAGCAGUGGUGGAAAGUUCGAACGUCCGCUGGGACAACUGGUUUUGUGCCAAACAAUAUCUUGGGCCCUGUGAAGCCGCCGGAUCAGGGAUCGGAUGCCGUGUACAGUCAAACUAUCCAGAAACAAAAGUUGGAUAAUUUCCCAAAGCAAACUGGCCCAGUUCCUGCUGCCCCCUCCCCUCCCCCAAAUCAUGCGCCAACGCCUCUCCCCGCAAUCUUCUCAAUGCCUGCGUCCAAGCCAAGCUUCACCCGUCAGAGCAGCGAGUCCAGUGAGAGUGCUGGGAGUGGAGUCCGGGACCAGCAGGGAAACCGGCAGAUGCCUCCUGACAGGAGGAAAUCUCAGAUGGAGGAAGUUCAGGACGAGCUCAUCCAUCGUCUCACUAUCGGCCGCAGUGCGGCCCAGAAGAAGUUCACGGUGCCACGUCAAAACACGCCAACCAUUAAUAUAACCUACGGCUCUUCGUCUGAGGAUGUCAAAGCAUGGCUGGAAGCGAAGGGAUUCAGCCCUGUAACUAUCAGCAGUCUGGGGGUCCUGACCGGCGCACAGCUCUUCUCUCUCACAAAAGAUGAAUUGAAGACGGUUUGCCCUGAGGGGCCAAGAGUGUACAACCAGGUGACGGUUCAGAAAGCUGCUCUAGAGGAUCGUGACGGUAAUUCAGAGCUGCAGGAAAUUAUGAGAAAGAGACAGGAAAAAAUCAACGCAGCGGCUGCCAGCGACUCGGGGGUCGAAUCAUUCGAUGAAGGGAACAGCCAUUAAUUCCUGCUGAAGCCCUGGUUAACUUCACCCACAUUUUGUUUGGGAUGUUUUGAACAUUUUUCCCGGGUAAUGUGACUGCUCUCCGGUUAUAAAAGAAGCAAACCCAGGAAGGGUCUCCGCUCUGCUUCCCGGAGGAGCCCAGCACUAAAGCCAUAUUAUAUAGGACGGGAGUGAGAUUCCUGCCGGUUUUCUUUACUCGUCUUUUAAUCCGCGCUCGUUACUUGUUUCCGGACGCCGAGGUCUGCAUCUCUAAGGAGCUUAUGACAUUUGUGCGUCUGUCGGUUUUCACUCCCUCAGGUCUCUGUUUCGUGGCCAGGAAUAAUUACCCGUCCCAGUAUUUCAUAUUCUGCGUUUGUGAGUCUGCGCCGAGUUCAGUAUUUCUUUACGUCUCUUCCUCUGAUUGUAAAAUACAAAAAAAAAGAGUCCAGAAAAUGUUCAGAUAUAAAUAAAAGUUUAUUAAAUG